CCCAUCUUUCCAGCUUCCCUGCUGUCAACAUGGCAGAUAAUGGGGAGAAAAGUUUGCUGGAAGAAGCUGUAUCUCUUGCCCAGCAAGCCACUAAGUUUGAUAGUGAAAAUAGUUUUUCUGCUGCAGUCUACUAUUAUAGACAGUCAGCCUGUCUCCUUAAGCAAACAUUGAAACAAGGAGCCAAAAUACCUUCUAUUGAAGACAAAAUUGAACAAUAUUUGCAACGAGCAGACCAAUUAGAAAAUCAGCAGAAAGAGAAGCUUGAAGCAUCAACAGCAACGACGAGCGGCGAGAGCGUAUUGGGCCGAGCUUCUUUUUUACUUCACUCUGGCCUAGACCAAGAUAGUGAGGGCAACACAGAGGAGGCCAUCACUUUCUAUGCUGAAGCUGCAGAACUCUGCAUUAAAACGAGUGCAGAGACUACCGAUGAUGCGCUGAAGACCAAACUGCGACAUCUUGCCGACCAGGCGCUCACUCGCGCUGAGAAGCUCAAAGGCACCUCGCCUGACGCUGCCCUUGGUGAGUCGGGCUUUCGCUGUGUAUCCCGUGACUCCGCUACCAACGCCGCGGUGAGCAGGCAAGUGUCGGGCGGCAGCGCCUACACACGAGAAGAGCUGCUGGUGCUGCGCUCUACGUCGACCGUCAACGGGCGCGAGUACGUGCCUUUCAUGGCCAUAGACCUGAAGGAGAAGUUCGCUUACUCCCUGCCAUUCACAGACAAGGACGGCUUCCUGCUCCUUGCCCCCAAGCAGAAAGAGAAAUUCGCGCGUUGGGCGCGACCUGAGGAACUGUCGCGGGACCCCAAGAUGAUCGAGCUCAUCGACUGCUUCAGCAUCCAGCAGACAUGCGUGUCGGACUGUUCGUUUGUGGCGAGUAUAGCGGUGAGCGCUCUGUACGAGAAGCGCUUUAAGAAAAGACUUAUCACUGACAUCAUCUUCCCCAAGAACCGUAAUGGUGAUCCCGUGUACAACCCCUGUGGCAAGUACAUGAUCAAGCUCCACAUUAAUGGCAUCGCUCGCAAGAUCAUCAUAGACGAUUACCUGCCCGUGGGCAGACACAAUCAGCUGUUGUGUUCCUUCUCGAGUAACAAGAACGAGUUCUGGAUCUCGCUCGUUGAGAAGGCUUACAUGAAAGUCAUGGGCGGCUACGACUUCCCAGGCUCCAACAGCAACAUUGAUCUCUACGCCCUCACCGGCUGGGUGCCUGAGCGCCUGUCCAUGUCAGACAAGGACUUCAAUAAGGAUGCCACAUUCAGAAAAAUUUACGACAGGUUCCACAAGGGCGACGUGCUGGUGACGGUCGCGACGGGCGACAUGACGGACGCCGAGGCUGACAGAGCGGGACUNUUCAUGCCAUAUGCCAUGUUGGAUGUGACAGAGACCAUGGGCAAGCGGCUGUUCAUGCUCAAGAACCCCUGGUCGCACCUGCGCUGGAAAGGCAACUACUCAGAACUGGACACUAAGAACUGGACGCCAGAACUCUGCAAAGCACUCAAUUUCGACCCUAAAAGCGCCCAGAUGUUCGAUAAUGGCGUCUUCUGGAUCGACUACGACAGCUUAAUACAUUUCUUUGACGUCAUCUACAUGAAUUGGAACCCUGCGCUCUUCACGCACACAUACUGCACGCACAGGGCGUGGAGCGCAGGCAUGGGACCGGCCAAAGAUCUUUACAACCUGGGCGACAACCCUCAGUACAGAUUAGAGGUACGGGCGAGCGCCCCGACAGCGGUGUGGGUGUUGCUCACGCGCCACAUCACCGACAUCGAAGACUUCCGUCACAACAAAGAGUACAUCACGCUGCUAGUCUACAAGACCGGCGGCAGGAGAGUCUUCUAUCCAUCUGACCCGCUGCCGUACAUCGAGGGCGUGCGCAUCAACUCACCGCACUACCUCUGCAAGCUCGUGCUGGGCGCCGGCACUCAGCGCUUCACGCUCGUCGUGUCGCAGUACGAGAAGCAGCGAACCAUCGCGUACUCCUUAAGAGUCUACUCCACCUGCCCCUUCUCCUUCAAUAAGAUAAAGGAUACCUGCAUCCACCAGCACGAGGGCGUGCGCAUCAACUCACCGCACUACCUCUGCAAGCUCGUGCUGGGCGCCGGCACUCAGCGCUUCACGCUCGUCGUGUCGCAGUACGAGAAGCAGCGAACCAUCGCGUACUCCUUAAGAGUCUACUCCACCUGCCCCUUCUCCUUCAAUAAGAUAAAGGAUACCUGCAUCCACCAGCACGAG